AUGGCUUCUUUAUUGCGACAGAUCGUCGCAGGGCCACGAGCGCGGCAUGCCGAGUCUGAUUUAGACCUUUGCUACGUAACUUCCAACAUCAUUGCAACUUCUGGGCCGUCAGGGACGUACCCCCAACGAGCCUACCGAAACCCUCUUGACCGACUUGUCACAUUCCUCGACUCGAAGCAUAAGGAUAACUGGGCGAUAUGGGAGUUUCGCGCAGAAGGUACGGGAUAUCCUGACGAAGAGGUCUACGGUCGCGUAAGGCACUACCCAUGGCCCGACCACCAUCCGCCUCCGUUCCGGCUGAUCCCCAUGAUCAUGGCCAGCAUGCGCAACUGGCUCAAUGGCGGCGAUCUGGAGCAGGGGGAUGUCGGUGUAGGUGCCGUGGAUAGGAACGAAGGAAAGGAUGUCGAGGGCGACAAUAAACGGGUGGUGGUCGUGCACUGCAAGGCUGGCAAGGGUCGUAGCGGGACGGUUUCAUGCAGUUACCUCAUCUCAGAGUGUGGAUGGAAGCCGGAGGAGGCGCUGACUAGAUUCACCGAAAGGAGAAUGCGGCCCAAAUUCGGUGCUGGUGUCUCGAUUCCAAGUCAGUUAAGGACGAUAACCUACGUGGACCGGUGGACGAAAGGCGGGAAGAAGUAUGUUGAUCGGCCUGUCGAGAUUGUCGAGAUACACGUCUGGGGCCUGCGGAGCGGAGUCAAGUUUGACGUCGAGGGUUUUGAGGACGAGGGGAAGAAGAUCAAGGUUUUCCACACGUUCAAGAAAAGCGAGAGGGUCGUGGUUGAGGGCGACGCGCCAGGUGGAGGUGGUGUCGCGCGCAUGGUGACUGAUCUCGCCAGCGCCAGCGUCAAACCUGUGGAAAAGGCCCCCGAAGAGGCGCCGCUGGCAGAACACACCAAUGCGAACAGCGGACACAAGAACGAGUCCGACAAAAAGGCUUCUGAAGAAGCAGACGACUUGAAGCCGUCACGAAGCGAUUCUAAGAAGCUGCGCAACGCCAAAACCACCUCCCUUAUCAGGGACCCAGCCACUUCUAGUCCGGGCCAAAAACGAAGCGAAACCGAGGCGCAGCCGGCUGCGUCUUCGACCAAUAAGGAAGCCGAUGCUUCGGAGGCAGAGCCCGGUGGUAUGGCUGUCAUCCUGGUGCCAAAAGACCCGAUCCGAAUUCCCAACAGCGACGUCAACAUCUCCGUCGAGCGCCGUAACCGUACAUCAGCAUCAAUGGGCCUGACGAUGGUCACUGCUGUUGCUCACGUUUGGUUCAACAUUUUCUUUGAGGGCAACGGACCGGAACAAAAUGGGGAACCUGAUGAUAGCGGUGUUUUUGAGAUUGAUUGGGAUGCGAUGGAUGGCAUCAAGGGUUCCAGCAGGAAGGGUUCACGUGCAUUCGAUAAGAUUUCUGUCGUCUGGAGGGUCGUAGACACCCAAAGUGCCAAAGAGGGAAGCGAGGCGGUUGGACUUCCGGAAGGCGAUGUUGUCCACCAACCUUCUGCUGAUUCCCCGGUGCCACAGAUGAAGCCGGCCGACUGGAAGGGUGGGAACAAGGAAGACCCUGCGGCCGAAAAGCAUCUCGGCCUCCGAAAUGAGAGCCCUAACAGUGCAGAUGUUAGCAGAGCCAGCAGUGUGAAGGAUCAAGUUAUCAAGGACGGCAACGAUACCGACUCCCUCGAGGGCGUCAAGACAAGUGGGCCGUACGGGGAGGAAGAGUUGGAUGCAGACGAUGUAGAUGUCGCAAAGGUUACGAAAGAGGUAGAACAGACUAGCUCGAAACCGGUGGAUCCCGGGCCGGAGCUGUUGGAUGCGCCUGACACCGCGACCGGGACUACGGCACAGGGGACUACACAGGUAAAGCACUAG